CAAACACACUCACGACCAACGACAGCGACAACGAUUCGACAUCACAACAAUGCACACAUAGGAUCAUCUUGAUAUUCCGAUCCUCUUACUAACAUACAGGUACUAACGUGUAAAGAACAAAGCCGAAAAUAUAGCUGGCUCUAGAGGUCUCGAACCCUCGAUGAUAAUCCACUCCACAACCUGCGAUGUCUACCCCAUCUCGACCUUCUACCCCGAUCGCGCAGACAGCGUCGUCCAUUCCCCAGACCGGAACAUGGCGACACCCAAAGAUGGAUGAGAUUGUCAGGCGCCAGAAUGCUGCGAGCUUCAACGACCGAAACCUCAAGAACAUAAUGUACAACGUUACUGGCAUCGUAAUGGUCUUUGUCGCUACGCGAUCGUUAUGGAAUAACUUUCCAAGCUUCUUCCAGGAUGGAAAGUCUCUGCAGCCAUAUGCAUCUUAUUGCUACCACGCGCUUCAGCUUGUCUUCAUGUACAACAUUGUUGUGGCUUGCUUGCCGCUAGUUCGGGCGAAGGACGAUAUGUCAGAUAUACCCUUGACACCGGCUCAACGAAAGCUUCUCGGACUCCCUCCAAGCUCGGCACCUCCCACCCCAGGUUCACAGUACAUUACACCACCAAGAUAUGCGAGAACUCCUACACCCUUGAGCGGAUCACCAGCUACCAAGGGUGUUUAUUCGGGUUCACCAUUAGCUGGCAAAGGCAGUCCAAUGUCUGGUAGUAUGUCAGGAUCACCAUUUUCUCCUGGUGCCAGUCCGUUGUUGCAGAAGGCGAUGGGAGGAGUAUCGACUGGAGCAAGGAGACACUCCUAUGGCUCGCCGAGUCCUCUGGGUCCAACAGGCUUGAGAAUGAGUGCACCAGAGGCACCAGGAACUCCUAGUCCAGCUUCGAAGGGCACUGGAAUUGGAUUGAACAGCAAGUGGCUUUACGAUAAGGGACGAAGGAACUCUGGGAGCGCUAGGCUCUAUUCAUAGAUAGUUCAUGGCUGUACUGUAUUGUAUGAUUUAAUAGAUACCCAAGAGCCUACCUAGGUAGUUAUGGCUGCCCGAAAUAUGACCAAAGGCAAAAGCCAAACCAAC